AUUAUUCUGAAGCACCUACAUUACAGUUUCCUUCAAUAGCGGCAAAAUAUUAUUUUGUUUUUGUGCGUUAGAUGGCGCGAUUAAAUAAGUGUUUCUCAUCUAUGUGAAACCCAGAGAAUCGUGUAACUUUAUUUCCUUUCCUAUCAUUAACUUUAUAGGCUAUAUUUCUUUUACUUUGGAGUGUUCAAUACGCAUGGUUUAUCCAAAUUAGUGUUGUACGUGUCAAUCUAAAUAUGCCUAAAGAAAAGGAGUCGUUAUAUACCCGAAAAUACCGAGUUGCUUGGGAAUCCGAUGCUGAACUUAAAGGAUGGAUUGGUCCUGUAUUAGCAGAUGAGACAAAGUCGCUUUGUAAGAUAUGUAAAUGUACUUUAGCUGCACAUAAAAAAGACUUACUGCUUCACGGUAAAAGUAAGAAACAUCAAGAGGCGGAGAAAAGAUCUUUGGCUGGCCCGAGUAAAAAAAUUACUGAGUUUAUGAAAAAAGGUUUGACCGCCAGCAGGAAAAUAGCAGAAUUAAAAAUUGCUGCAUUCAUAUGUGAGCACUGCUCACUUGCAACAAUUGAUCAUCUUGGAUCACUUGUAAAAAAUUUAGAUAAAUCAUCUGAAAUAUUAAAUGACGUUAAAUUACACAGAACUAAAUGUACAUCUUUAAUAUUGAAUGUGUUGGCUCCUUCAAUACUAAAUGACUUACUUUUGGAUGUUGCAGAUAGUAAAUAUUCAUUGAUUAUAGAUGAGAGCACUGCAGUCGAUUCCACAAAAAUGCUAUGCGUUAUGAUAAAAUAUUUUAGUAAAAAGCAAACUAAGAUUGUUACGACUUUCUACAAACUUAUCGAAAUUGAAAAGGGAGAUGCCAUAACUAUCUCGGCUGCGGUGACAAAACAACUGGAGCUAGACGGUUUAAAAUUAGGGAAUCUAAUAGGAAUCGGUGUUGAUGGAGCCAAUGUUAUGGUUGGAGCGCAUAAUUCAGUAGCUUCUUUUUUGAAAGCAAAGAAUAAUGAACUUGUUAUUAUUAAGUGCGUCUGUCAUUCUCUGCAUUUGGCAGCAGAGUAUGCAUUUAAACUUCUACCUCGUCAUUUGGACUUUAUAAUCAAGGAAUGCCACAAUUGGUUCUCUUGUAGUACAAAAAGGCAAAUAGCAUACAAACAAAUAUUUGAAACACUGACGGAUCAAAAACCACUAAAAAUUGACCAACUAUCAGGAACCAGAUGGCUAGCCAGAUACAAUGCGAUAGUUAAAAUUCUAGAACAAUGGGAUGCAUUAAAAAUACACUUUGGUAUAGUAAAAGAUAAUGAAAGGUGUUAUAUGGCUGAACAGCUGUUUCAAAUGUUAUCGGACCAAACUAAUGUAUUAUAUUUCACCUUUUUGAGUUGGACAUUGAAAGAAAUAAUUAGAGUUAAUAAACUGUUUCAGUCAGAGUGUGCAGAUCCACUGAAAUUAAUGGAAGAUUUGAAUUUAUUACUUUUCAAUAACCUAAGUAUUUUAGUACCACCUAUGAAACUUCAAAAAAUUUCAAAAAAUAACGUCGUUGAUUUCAAAUUUGAAGAUUACAUUAUGGAUAUAGAAUUGAUAAAUUUAGGAUAUUCGUUCAAUUCAAAAGCGUCAUCCUUAGCAAUUAAACAAAAUGAACUACUAAUGGUGCGAACUAGAUGUAAAGAUUUUUUAGUGGAAUUAUGUCGACAAAUUCAAAUGAGAAUCCCUGAAAGUAUGAAUAUUUUGGAGAAAAUAAAUUCAUUUAACCCCGAAUUAGCUACAUCCAAGAUACGUCAACCUGAAAUAACUAAUAUUGCUUUAUCUUUCUCAACAAUAUGUCCUGACCUUGAUAGUACAAUUGCAGAAUGGAAAUCACUUCCUCGAAUAAAUUGGAUAAACCUGCAUGAUACAGAAAAGUUUUGGGUUGAGGUGGCAAAUAACGUCGAUGCAGCAGGGGAACCUAGAUAUAAAAAUAUUUCAUCAUUAGCUCUUGCGUUACUUAGCCUUCCAUUUUCUAAUGCUUCAGUUGAGAGAGCUUUUUCCAUUAUAAAUGUGGUAAAAAACAAACUUAGAAAUCGCUUGGCGAUUCAUAGUACAGAUGCUAUCAUGAGAGUUCGAUGGUAUCUGUGCAAUUUAAAAAAUGGUUGUACAGAUUUUCAACCAACUGAAAAUAUGUUGCAAUAUUUCAAUUCUGAAAGAAUGUAUGAUUGCAAAAAGGAGGAGAAAGAAGUUUUAAAUGCAUUCUCGGAGCUGUAG